UGUCGUUCCGCACUGCUUUGCACCGCACCUUGUUUUCAUUCACUAAAGAGUGAGAAUCUGCAGAAGGCGAAGAAGAGAAAAGAAGAUGGGGAAGAAAGCAAAGAGCUCAAGGAAAGGGAAGAAGGCAUGGAGGGCCAACAUAAGCACCCAAGAUAUCGAAGACUUCUUCGAGAAGUCAACCAAAGACGCUCUCUCCGGCGGCUCACUCGCCGACGUCCCCAGCGACUCCCUCUUCUAUGUCGAUAAGUCCAGAGAUCUUUCCGUCAAGCGAAAGAUUGAAAAACACAGGGAGAAAGUACUCCAUUCUGAUAGUUUACUGCAAAGGAAUCCCUUUGUCCAAACGAUACCAUCUUCAAAACAGAAAAAGUCCAAGAAGAAGAAUAAAGAGAUCCAAACAGCAAAAGCUGCUGCUCAAGAUUGUGAAAAGGAUAGUGGUGUCUCAGAAUCUGGCAUGGUGGAUAUAUGGGAUGAUAAAGGUGAAAGCAAUGGCAGAAUUAAAAAGAAGCCCAAGCCUUCCAUUAUACCUGCUGUUGAAGUUGAGGCUCCUGGAUGCUCAUUCAAUCCCUCCUUUGAAAGUCACCAGGAUUCAUUAGCUUGUGCCGUUGCAGAUGAAAUGCAGAAAGUCUACCGAAAUGAAUUGGGGCCUGCACCUGUCCCUCUAACUGUUACUGGAGAAGUUCUUAAUGAAGAAGAUAUGCUUUUUCUUGAGGCUGACACUGGAUCUGAUGAAGAGAAUCAAAGUGAGAGCGUAAUCGAGGAUGGAGAUAUGGAUCCUGAUAAGAGGGCUCUUAAAGCUAAACGGGUGACAAGAGUUGAGCUAAACAGGAGGGCUAGGCGCAAAGAGCAGCUGAGAGCAGAAGCAGAAGCCAAAAAAGUGGAGAAACUCUCAUCUGAAAUUGAUAGUUUGCCAGACAUUAUAGAAGAAAUAGAGAAAGAGGAUGCAGAAAAACAGAAAAGACAUCUCCGUCGUGCAGUUGCUAAACAAGAAAGACUAAAAUCUCGUCCACCACGCUUGGGAAAGCAUAAAUUUGAGCCAGCUCCAGUUCAAGUGCUAUUAUCUGAAGAAAUCACUGGUUCUCUUCGAAAGCUCAAGGCCUGUUGCACUCUUGCACGAGAUCGGUUUAAGAGCCUUGAGAAAAGAGGACUCAUAGUCCCAAGCAAGAAGAGCAGCAGGAAAUAGGAUGGCCUUCUAGGCGGACCUGGAAAGCUUCACUUUGGUGGCUGAAUUUGGAUUGCCUUUCAGCGAAGCGAUAGUUAAGUCAGUACAGAGAAGCGGAAGGGAAGUGCCGUUCCGACAUGCCCUCAUGUGCUUGCUUAUUUCCGAGUGGUUUUCAGUUCUUAGUUUUACGGAUAUGUGAAAUUCUUUUCUAUUUAGAUGUAACCGAGUCCCGUGUCAGUUCCAUUGGAUCGUUGUUCAUCUUUGAUUCAGAUGAAAUCUAGUAGUACCAUCUCCUUCUCAUUCAAGGCCUUCCAUUAAGCAAAUGCAAUGUAUUAAGUUUCUGAAUUCUAUACCAAGCUAACGGGUGUCAGUUGUAAGUCUAUCAAUCGAGCUUUGGAGAUGAGAAUAUUAGCGAUU